UGCGUUUUGAAAUUAGUCGUCUUCGUCGCUAACAAAAAUCUCUGCCAACAAAAAAAAUAUCUCACCGCUUCAGACCAAAAACUAAUGACACAUACCCGAGUCAUCUCGACCUGGACCGAGUUAACUCGCGACUUAGCUAUUUACUUGCUCUUCACGUUUUUCGCAAUCAAAGUCUUCAAAUUUCUCUUCUCCUGUAAUCGAACCUCUGAAAUAUCAUCGUUUUCGAUGGCGACUCAUCCCGAAGCUCUCCGACGAGAGCGAAUUCUCAACAGUAAACUCUACUUCGACGUUCCUCUUUCAAAGGUUUCGAUUAUCUAUUCAUCGUCUUAUGAUAUCUCGUUCAUGGGUAUUGAGAAAUUGCACCCAUUUGAUUCUUCCAAGUGGGGUAGAGUUUGCAAGUUCCUUGUUUCAGAUGGGUUUCUGGAGGAGAAAGCAAUUGUUGAGCCUCUUGAAGCUUCAAAGAUUGAUCUUUUAGUGGUACAUUCUGAGAACUACUUAAACAGCUUGAAAAGCAGUGCCACUGUCGCUAGGAUCACCGAGGUUGCACCAGUUGCGUUUUUUCCGAAUUUUCUUGUGCAGCAGAAAGUUCUUUACCCAUUCCGAAAGCAGGUUGGUGGGACGAUUCUGGCAGCUAAACUUGCAACAGAACGUGGAUGGGCGAUAAACAUUGGAGGAGGUUUUCAUCAUUGUACUGCUGAAAGAGGAGGCGGGUUUUGUGCUUUCGCUGAUAUUUCUCUCUGUAUUCACUUUGCGUUUCUUCGUCUGAGAAUCUCGAGGGUUAUGAUAAUAGAUCUUGAUGCUCAUCAAGGGAAUGGCCAUGAAACAGAUCUCGGCGAUGACAACCGUGUUUACAUUUUGGAUAUGUACAAUCCCGAGAUAUACCCUUUCGAUUAUAGAGCUAGGAGAUUUAUCGAUCAGAAAGUUGAGGUCAUGAGCGGGACGACCACCGAUGAGUAUUUGAGGAAACUAGAUGAAGCCCUUGAGGUUGCUUCGCGAAACUUCCAACCGGAGUUGGUAAUUUACAAUGCUGGCACAGACAUAUUAGAUGGUGACCCUCUGGGACUUCUAAAGAUAAGCCCCGAUGGCAUAACAAGUAGAGACGAGAAAGUCUUCAGAUUUGCAAGGGAGAAAAAUAUUCCUCUUGUGAUGCUAACCUCAGGCGGGUACAUGAAGUCAAGCGCUAGAGUUAUUGCGGAUUCCAUUGAGAAUCUCUCACGGCAAGGGUUGAUCCAGACACGACCGGAAUAAGUCAUAUAGCCAAAGACAGAGUUUCUUUGUUUUGUGUUUGUGUAUAUUUGUAUAGAGAGAGACCCUUAUGAUGUGUUUGUCACCUUUUGUAUAUGUGUACCUUUCCCUUGUUUAAUUUACUUGUAAGUUCAGUGUUGAAACGUAUUCAAAAGCUUUAUAUUCUGUUAAC